AAAUUAAAAACGGAUAUAGGAUGAAAGAAAUGCAAAAUAGGAAGAAUGGUUUGAUCGAAGCCUCUUCCACGUUCCACGCUAAAACCGAACCACUGCUGCUAAACGAAGAUAAGCACCUUUGAAAGUGGAAACCUCUCCCACCUUUUACACUAAAAGUGACCGUAGCUUCAACAUGAAGAUAAGCAACUUUCGACGGGACUGAAAAAAACAAUACAUUUCUUUUAUAAAGGAAACCAUUCUCCUCUUUCUUCCUCACACAAGGGAUGUAAAAUUAAUUCCUCUAAGUGCCCUUUAACCCUUUCAAAUUUUGUCUCCUAUUGUGAAAUUGUUCCUUGUUUCAAACAUGGACCAAAGUUUCAGAACAAUUUCUCGUAGGGGAGAUGUCAGUGAAUUGUAUAGAUUGAUUCAAAGAGAUGGAAAUGUUUUGAGGCGCUUCGAUGAAGUGGAGUUUAUCGAGACUCCUUUACUUGUAGCUGCAGAUGAAGGUUGCAUCGGGUUCGCAAUGGAGAUGAUGAAGCUGAAGCCGUCAUUUGCUAGGAAGCUAAGCCAACAAGGUGUGAGCCCCAUUCACCUUUCAUUGGAAAAGGGGCAUAAAGAGAUGGUGCUUCGUUUCCUACAAAUGGAUAAAGAUUUUGUUCGUGUCACAGAGAAGAAUGGUGAGACUCCGUUGCACUACAUUUGUAAAGUUGGGAACCAUGACAGUCUGCUGGAAACAUUUUUGAAGGCUUGUCCUGAUUGUAUCCGAGAUGUUACAACUGAGAAUCGCAGUGCUUUGCAUAUUGCAGCGGAAAACAAAAGGUUGGAUGUUCUUCAGAUUUUAAUUCGAAUGCUUAAGAAGGACUAUUAUCGGGAAGAGGUAAAUAGAAAGGACGAAGAUGGCAACACUGCAUUACACAUAGCUGCUAGAAAUAAUCAAACCCAGAUGCUUAAACUACUAUUAAGUAGCAAGGCUGAUAAGCAUGCCACCAAUCAAUCCGAUUUAACAGCACUGGGUGUUGCAGAACAACAUAAUAACAGAGAAAGCAUCAGAAUUCUGCGUGGUCGCUUUAUUCCAGGAGUUUCAAACAUUAAAUCUAAGUGGGAGAAACAAAUCGCCAAGGUGUCAAAACAAAGUGUUGCAAUUUUGGCAUGUUUCUGUUGAAGUUGGCCAGAGAUCAAGUCAAGCAUGCAGCAGCUGAAAGUCUUGUUACUGUUUUGUUUACUUGCAUUUUGUUAAUGUAAUGCAUUCUAGUUCAUUUGGAACUAUGUUUGUUUUAUGAUUGAUGUAAUUAGGUGGUGAUUGAGCUGAAAAAUCAGCUUUGUUUUGUUGCACAAGUAAAUUUUCAAGUUUCAAUGUGUUUAGUGGUAUUAGGUACACAUUAGGUGAUGUAUUUGAUUUGUUUUGCUCAGUCAAUGACUGAUAUAUGUAAUGGCUACAAGCCAAAGUUUUUCUUCAAUUGAAAAUCAUUGAAUUUCAUUCAA